UGCGCAUCGUUUGCUGUCAAUGUCGAGCAUUUCGCAUAAAAAUUGAAAAUUGCAUGCAAAUUAAAUAAAUAGACAUCGCAGGAGUGCGAGGAGCAUACAACAGCUGAGCUAGACACUCAAGAAUAUACGAGAGUACGUACAAAUAUAUGUAUAGUAGAUAUAUAGACGCAUUGCGAAAAUGACAGUUGUGAGUUGUGGCUCAGAUUCUUCGACUUUGUGUGCGGGGCGCAAUCAAAGCAAACGUCAUUAGCACUCGCGACAUCGCCUUCGAUUGACAGGAUUGAGGAGCGAGUGGGAGCAGGAGCAGGAGCAGCAGCAGGACCAAGACCAGGAGCCAGAUCCUGCCGCAGGAGCAAGCACGAACAACUCUGCAUUUGCAUAACUUCGGUGCAGCGCCAGAUUCCAGAUUCCAAUUCACAGAUGUCAAUGGGCGUGGCAGUGGCACGCGAACCGAGCCAUCUGGAAAUCAAAGCCCAAUUGGCACAAACACGCGGUAAAUAGAAUUCGCAAUCGGAAUCGGAAUUGAAAUAGAAAUUCGCAUUCAAAUUCAAAUGCAAAUAGAAAUAGAAAUUGCCACAAGACCCCCACAGGACGAAAAAUAGAAAGCAAAAAAAGAAAAGCGAAACACACAUAGCAACUAAAAUACCCAUAAAAUAAUAGGGAAACAAAGAGGUCCAGGGAAGCAGCUGUUGCAGCAAAUAAAAGAACCGCAGCAACUGCAGCAGCAGCAGCAGCAACUGCCACAGCAACAACAAUAGCAACAACAACAGCAACAGCAACAAUAUGGCAAAACUCCUGCAAUCGACGCUGUUUGUCAUCCUGAUAAUGGCCACAAAAUGCGGCAGUGGCUCGGCCCAGAAUCAGCAUCACGAGAGCAAUUCCCAGCUGGAUCCCGAUCCAGAGUUCAUUGGGUUCAUCAACAAUGUCACAUAUCCGGCAGGACGCGAGGCCAUAUUGGCUUGCUCAGUGCGAAAUUUAGGCAAGAACAAGGUGGGGUGGCUGAGAGCCUCCGAUCAGACAGUCUUGGCCCUGCAAGGCCGCGUGGUUACCCACAAUGCCAGGAUCAGUGUCAUGCAUCAGGAUAUGCACACCUGGAAGCUGAAGAUCAGCAAAUUGCGUGAAAGUGAUCGUGGUUGCUACAUGUGCCAAAUAAACACAAGUCCCAUGAAGAAACAAGUGGGCUGCAUCGAUGUGCAGGUUCCGCCGGAUAUUAUAAACGAAGAGUCCUCCGCCGAUCUGGCUGUGCAGGAAGGCGAAGACGCCACUCUCACCUGCAAGGCGACAGGAAAUCCGCAGCCUCGCGUCAUCUGGCGGCGGGAAGAUGGCGAAAUGAUUCUUAUUCGGAAACCAGGCAGUCGAGAGCUCAUGAAAGUGGAGUCCUACAAUGGAUCUUCGCUGAGGCUACUACGUCUGGAGAGGCGUCAGAUGGGCGCAUAUUUGUGCAUAGCUUCUAAUGAUGUUCCACCUGCUGUCAGCAAAAGAGUGUCCCUGAGUGUGCAGUUUGCUCCCAUGGUAAGGGCUCCCAGCCAACUGCUGGGCACGCCGCUGGGCUCCGACGUUCAGCUGGAAUGCCAGGUGGAGGCCUCGCCCUCGCCCGUGUCCUACUGGCUGAAGGGGGCGCGAACUUCCAAUGGAUUCGCCAGCGUAUCCACGGCCAGCCUGGAGUCCGGCUCGCCGGGUCCCGAAAUGCUGCUCGACGGGCCCAAGUACGGGAUAACGGAGCGCCGCGAUGGCUAUCGGGGCGUCAUGCUGCUGGUGGUCCGUUCCUUCUCGCCCUCCGACGUGGGCACCUAUCACUGCGUCAGCACAAACUCGCUGGGCCGUGCCGAGGGCACAUUGCGGUUAUACGAAAUCAAGCUUCAUCCGGGCGCCUCUGCCAGCAAUGAUGAUCAUCUGAACUACAUUGGAGGUCUGGAGGAGGCGGCGAGGAAUGCGGCACGGCGGCACCGGACGACGUGGCAGCCGCUGCUCGCGAUGAUGAUGCUCCUGUGGAUGAGACUCAAGGGAUGGGCAGCGGGAACGUGAUAUCAAAAUUGAGAGAAGAAGAGCCGGCAAUCAAGUAUUCCUACGGAUUCCCUCGGACACCGACAUCGACAACUCUCCACCCGCCCGCGUUCUUGUUGUUCGUUUCCGUUUCCGGUGCUGCCAUCAUUCUCCAUUCCCUACUUAGCGGACCCUUUCAUAUCCCGCCCCCCUUUCUUAAUACAUACAUAUAUUGCCGGAGGCGCCUCCCGCUGCCUCAGAUAUCAUUUGCAUACGUAUCAGGAAACGCGUCGUUCCCACCCGCGCUACUCCCCUCGCCAAAAACCAGCCCUGCUGCUGCCCAGACCGCUCCCUAAAAGGACUAAAGAGGAUAUCAAUAUGUGCGGACAAUUGGAUGCCGAGCCCUCCCCUUAACCCCAGCCCCAAAUAAUGUUACAUUGCAUAUAAAUUAAAUAUGAAUACUAUA